AUGGCACUCAGCGAGAAGGCAAAAGGAAAACAACGGGCUGUUGAUAUAACUUCUUUGGACCAAGAUUCGUCAGGGUCGGCAACUCAACCAUUACAAGCCAAUGUCCCCCAAAGUCUGGUCGUGCGAUUUACGGAGGAUAAAGUUGCAGACGUAGAGAUUUUCAUAACAGAAAAGGACACUGUCAGGGAUGUCAAGAACGCGAUUCGCCUGGAGAGACCUGAACUAAAGAACCGAAGAUUGAGACUCAUACACUCUGGUCGACUACUCACCGAUGGAACUUUCCUGUAUUCGUGGCUCAAGAAACUGGAUGAACGUCAGAAACGUGCUUCUGCAUCUCCAGAAGAAGUUAUUGGUGGUUUUGAAGAAUCAGCCAGCUCAAAGCCUCAAUCAACCGUUGCAAGUUGGUUACAUUGUUCAGUAGGACGAGAAGUAGAACAAAUUGAGGAAGAAAUGGAUGAUGUCUCACAGGCUCAACAAAUACAACCUGCGAGGGGAUUUGACCGUCUAGCAUCCAUGGGUUUUUCUCAAUCGGAUAUCGCAACCAUAAGACGGCAGUUUCAUAUCCAGAACGACAGUUUUCUUACAGGAGACGAAGAAUUUGGGCAUGAUGAUACCUACGAUGAACAUGCCCGAGCCCUCGAAGAACAAUGGAUUGACUCCUUGGACAGCACUGAUACCACCUCCCUAUCCGGGUCGUCGUCAUCAUCUUCCAAUUCUUCUGCAAUGCAAGGCAUUGUGGUCGGCUUUUUCUUCCCAUUCUUACCCCUCUUCCUCAAUGGUCAUAAACCACCUCUACCCAUAUUUUGGGAAAACGGGUCGGAGCAUUCGCACAAUGAUUCCGUUGUGUUCUCCCGUGCAACCCAGAUGGGUCUGGUCGCGGGGUUCAUGAUCAACAUUUUAUUUGGAAUGUGGCGGUUCUUACUGGAUGCAUCGUAG